AUGUUCAAACUACCUCCUUCAACAAAUUCCUAAAAAUCUACACCAAGAUCAAUGAAAAGUUUAAAUUCAAUAAGUCAUUCUAAUAGAGAAGUACUUAUGAAUGAAUAUUUUAACUUACCUAUGAUAUCAACGAAAAGUAUGAUUGGAAAUUAUAGAAUAAUUGGUACAAAUCUAAAUAAGAAAGAGUUCAAUAAAAAUAAUAAAGAAUAUCAUUAAGUGAUUUCUAAUGUACAAUAAUUAAAGUUAGUGGGCUAAACAGAAAAAAGUUUUGGAUUUUCUAAUUAUAAUUUUCUUGAAAAGUACUAUUAGAAUAAGGCAACUAAUUAAAUAAGAAUGAAAGAAACAAGAAAAUAUAAUCGAUUAUUUAAGGUAGAGAAAAUAAUAGAAUAAAGAUAUUCUAGCCUAUAAUAAAAAAAUGUACAAAAUUUAGGCAAUUCAACAGAUGACUUAUAAUAAUCCUUAAGAUGGGAUUCAAGGAAAUAAGAGAAUCAAUAUAAGUCUUUCAGUGCAAAUUAGUCAACAAUACUUAUUCCUUAAUAUUAGGAUGUGAUUAUCAUUAAAAAUAAUGAAAUUGAGUAACUUAUGGAAAGAAUAGAUAAGUAACGUAAAAAGCUUAAAGUAGUGUUUCUAUUUAUCUUUUCAUUAAUGGCGAUAACAAAAAAAUAUCAGUAUUUAAUAUAUUUAAUCUUAGAUUGUUAAAAAAAGAAGAAAAAUAAAAGAUAAUUUUAUUAAAUAAUAAGCUUUAGAGUUGUUAAAAAAUAAUUAAUUCAAAUGAAAUAAGAUCUAUUGAAAUAUAAUAAGAAUAUUUUAUUUCAAUUAUUUCAAAUAAGGUUCUUCACUAUUUAAAUAGUUAAACAUAUAUUAAUGAAUGUAAUUAGAUUGAUGAAUUUACUAACCCCAUUUAGAAUAUGGAUUUGAAAUAACUUAGAAUACAAUGCUUUUCAAAAUUGAUUUACUAAAAUUUGGAAUUGCUAACUAGAGAGAGCAAUUUCCCAGAAUUAUUAAAAUGUUAAUUGAUAACAAGUCUAUUUAAGACAUCAAAAUAAUAGACCUCAUUUUUUGUAGGAAAGAGAUGUAAUUUUUAUUAGGGAAAUUAAAUUUAUCUUUAAAAAGAGUAGAAGUUGGCAAUAGCUAUGGAAUUUUUACUUUUUUAGAUAAUAAUUCCGAAAUUCGUAUAAAUUGUGAAUAAUUUACCAACACAAAGCAAAAACUAUAAAUUUUAAACUUAAGAAAUAAUAAUUUUAAUUGCAAGCUUUAUGCAUAGGUAAUUUGUGAAUAAAUUUAAAAAAAUGAAAAAAGUAAAAAAUCCAAAUGGUUAUAUGGUCAAUAGACAAUUGAAUAUCUAAUAUUAACAAGAUGGGUUAUUUUGGAAUGAAAUUACCAUUUCAAAUAAUGCUGGAGAUAAUAAUGUAGUUCUAGAAGGAUUAUUAGAAUAAGAAAAGCUAUAAUUCAUAGAAAAUGCAAACCCAAGAUGGAAAUAAUAGUUGGAUAUAUUAUUUGAAAAGAUUCUGUAAAAUAUUGAGGCUUUAAUAAACUUUUGA